AUGGCGACCGCUACCAUUGUUCAGGCAGCUUCUGCCACUACUGUCCCCGUCUCUACCAGCGUCCGCAUGAAGGUGGACGGCACUGACCCCAUCUUUGGCGAUUGGCGCGACGACCUCGCUCGGGAUGGCUACGCUGUGGUGAAAGGUGCCAUCCCGCAGGAGAGGGCUCUUGAUUACGCCAACAAGAUGUACUCUCUGAUCGAAUCUUUUGGUCUUGGCUACGACCGUAACGACCCAUCUACGGACUUCGUAUGGGCCAUCCGCGGCGAGCCUGGCGUUGUCAAUGCCUUCGAGAAGGUUUAUGAUGAUGAAGAUCUCAUCGUCUCUUUCGACACUAUCAACUACGGCUUCGCCAACCGCACAAAUCUCCCCGCCAAUAAGCCCUGGCCCCACCAGGACCAAGAUCCUGACAGGCCCGGAUUCCGUUGUCUCCAAGGUCUCGUUAACCUCCUCCCCAACGGCCCCAACGAUGGUGGUCUCAUCGUGUGUAAGGGCUCGCACGCUCUCUCCGAAAAGUUUCACGAUGCCAUGCGUGGCGAGGAAAGAAUACCUGCGUGGACUAAGGAGUGGUACGGGUUUACCGACGCUGGUAUGAAAUGGCUAGCGGAUAACGGCUGCGAGUGGAUUAAGGUUGAGGCAGGACCUGGUGACCUCCUCCUAUGGGACUCCCGAACGGCUCACUAUAACGUCCCUGCUACUGGCACCCAGGACAGGUUGGCUAUCUAUACAUGCUACAUGCCUGUUGCCGAGGCCUCACAGGAUGACCUCAUUCGUAAGAAGGCCGCUUGGGAGGCGAGGGUUGGCACCACCCACUGGCCCAACGCUCUUCACUCCGGGACGAACGUCGCCAUGAAGGACGGCAAGCCUUUUGGCAUCCAGCGCGAUAGACCCCUCAAUGAUGCCGUUCUGAACGAACGCACCUUUAAGCUAACCGGCAUUCCUUAUAUAAAGGCGAACUAG